UCUGAUAAGACACGCUUCACUAAAUUUUUGCAGAGUAUUUUAAUUUCUAGAAACUAAAUGUUGAAGUUAUCAAGAAUAAUUUGUAAAAAAACGCACAAUGUAUGGAAAAUUAGAGCAAAUAUGAUGUCACAAUCGCAAAUAAUCGACAAAGACAUUCGACUUGAUUUCUGCUCGACAAAAGAAGAACGCGAAGAGUUUUAUAAAAUAGCAGGAGAAUCAUUUUUUAUUUCAUCAAUUUCAUUACGUUAUUUACCAGAUGAAGAAAAACGAAAACAAUUUCUACCAGCAUAUUUUAGAUAUUUACACGAGGAGCAAAUAGCCACUGGUAAAGCAACUUUAAUGGCUUUGAAAAAACGUGAAAAUAUUGAAGGAAAAGAAGUUUGGAAAACUGCAUACAGCGGUGUCUAUGCUUAUGACACAACUCCUACAGAACAUGCAGAUGCUUCUGGAAUUAUGGAGAUUUAUGAAGAAGGAGCUGAAGCAAUGAUUAAGAGGGACAAAUGGUUCGAAGAAAACAUUGAUGGCCCACUACGAGAUAUAGCACUGAAAUUUGGAACAGCGGCCUGGCUAAUGGCACGUCAAGCGGUGACAAAGGAAUACAAAAACCAGAACUACGGACUCAAAUAUAGUCGUUUUUCAACAAACAUAGCAUACGAAAUGGGACUCAAAAAGCAUGCAGAAUCGAACAAUUCGCCGUUCAAAUAUCCACCCUUUGAAUAUGUAGCAUCCAGUGACACGUUUCCUGGGGGCAUGAAGCUGAUGGAAAAAUCUGGAAUGUAUGCAGCCGCACAUUUACAUUACGAUCAUAAGCCGGGGUUAAAGUGCUACCUCGAUUCUGAGGAAAAGAAUCGGAGCAAGCAUUCCUGCUAUUUCAUCAUGGUUGACAAAAAAAUUCAUCCAGUUUUGAAAGAAGAGCUAAACAAGACAUUUAACAAAGCUAAGCUGUAAAUUGAUGAAUGAUCGAAUAAAACAAAAUAGAAAAACAAAUAAUGGUUUGACUGAAAUGAUUUACUCGUGUCCGAAAAAUUUGUCACAGGAAAUUUCGCAGUAGGAAAUCUCGCUGCAAGAGCAUUUUGCUGUAAAACAAACAUUUGUGAUAAAAAAGUUGGGUUAAGGUUAAGGUAUGCUCUUGAAUAACAUAGUUAUUUCAAAAACUAACUGUUUUUAUCACAAAUACUUCCUAGAACCUGAUUUACUACAAAUACAUUCCGGAAUAACGAAAUAUCAAAUACAUCUAAAUUGGUCAUCCGAACACAUGAUUCAAACACAUGAUUCUUUGAAUUCAAUAGAGUAUUUCAUAAUUUUUCGGUAUUAGUAUGUAAUAUCAUUACUGUCAAAUGUACAAAAUGACUAUUUCAAUGAUUUUACUCUUUUGAAUCGAUUAUCGAAUACUUGGUAAUCUAA